AUGGGAAUCCCGUCAGAAUUGAGGGACGCAUGGGCAAAUCGCAACAAAUCUUUGUUGAUCGCAUCCCCAAUCGAAGAUGAGAGAAUUCUCCGGUCAAGGCAAUGCACUCAAGAAGGGGUGCGUGCCGGAGUAAAAGCUGGUGCAAUUGCAGGUGUAGCCAGUGCUGUUCCUACUUUGAUUGUCUGUCGAAAGGUACCUUGGGCAAAGGCAAAUCUCAAUUAUACUGCCCAGGCGCUCAUUAUCUCUGCUGCAUCAAUUGCAGCAUACUUCAUCACGGCAGACAAAACCAUCCUGGAAUGUGCUAGGAGAAAUGCACAUUACGAUAGAUCGUCUUAA